AUGUCGACAAACAAAGCGCGAGAAAGGCGUAUUCAGCGAGAAACCGUAAAUGCUCUCAAAAAUCCGCCCGAGGGGGUGGUUGUCACUAUAGAUGAAGAGAAUUUGGACCAUUGGAACGCCAUUAUAGACGGACCACCUGACACUCCAUAUGAAGGCGGAAAGUUCCAAUUAGACAUAUUCCUUCCCGCUGAGUUUCCAUACAAGCCACCAAUGAUUAAGUUUGCGACUCGUGUAUACCACCCCAACAUUUCGUUUUUCGGCAAAAUCUGUUUGGACACGUUGAAAGAAAGUGGGUGGGUCUGUUCAAUGCAAAUCACUGCUGUGCUUCAGACAAUCCAACAAUUACUUGCCAACCCUAACUUAGACGACCCACUCAAUUUGGAAGUGAAUGGACUUUGGACUUCGAACCCGACUCAAGCAAAAAUGAAUGCAAGAGAUUACACAAGACGAUUUGCCCAUGCAUAA